UCAAUUUCCCUGACUCACUCCAUCUCCUUGUCGACUCAACUCGGCCAACCCGUCCAAAUCGUUGCCGCUCCUGGCCUAUCCGACUCGGAGUUCAGGGAGUUGAUUUGUUUGGAAAGCGCAUUGGCUUCCUCAAAUUCAAAGCUGAUAUUAUUGAGAAAGGAACAGGACAUAAGGUAUAGUAUUUGCAAGAGGACCCGCUGUAGCUGUGCUAAUUCUUUUGGAGUCAGAGUGAGACUUAUGCUGUUCUCACUAAACAGGGUCCCCACUGGGAGGCUUGUUCUGGAAUUGCCUGCUGGAAUGUUGGUUGAUGAUAAGAGUGCUAGUUCGUUGAGGAGGAGAUAGGUAUUCACUUGAACCUUGGAAGACAUGGUUGACCUCACAGCCUUCCUCGGAGCCAUCUAAUGGAUUCAAAGUUUUUCCUUCUCUGGGAGGGUGUGAUCAAGAAAUUGGCCUUUUUCUGUACAGAGGGCAUGUUGAUAAAAACAUUAUUACACGGCUGCAAGGAAAAGAAUCAGGUCUUCCCGAACAUGCUGAGCUGAUCAAGGUUCUGAGUUGUUCCUUAUGAGAAACUCUGGCUCAUGACACCUGACGUAAUGACUCUGAUGGCAGUAGCAAUCUAUGAAAUGGCCAAUAAGGAAGGAU